AUGCUCGUGGCUCUGGAAACAAAGAACAAAGAACACUUUAUUCUUGGCAAGAUUCCAUGUCCAGAUUCAAAAGAUCCUUUGCAUGAGGCAUGGCGUCGCUGCAACAAGAUGGUAAUGUCAUGGUUAACGCGAUCUAUGACCUCUGACAUAAAGCAAUCUGUCAUGUGGAUGGAUACCGCUGCUGAAAUUUGGAAAGAUCUUUGCGAUCGUUUCACCCAUGGCGACAAAUUCAGAAUUGCUGAUCUUCAAGAGGAGGUACAACAACUCAAACAAGGUGAUCUCUCUGUGUCUCAAUACUAUACUCGUUUACGAAUUCUUUGGAAGGAAUUAUCCAUGUAUCGCACGAUUUUGGUAUGUAAGUGUUCAGUUACGUGCUCUUGUGGUCUUAUUGCCAAGAUUCAAAAAGAACGUGAUGAUGAUUGUGUUAUUAAAUUUCUACGAGGCCUUAAUGAUGAAUUUUCCCAAGUCAGAUCUCAAGUGAUGUUAAUGGAACCUAUGCCUGAUAUGGUUCACACUUUUUCCUUGAUACUUCAACAAGAACGUGAAUUUGGUGGAUCAAAUUCUCAAGAGUCUAUAGCUUUAGCAACAAUUAAUUCCGAUUCAACCAAAACUACUUUCCCAAAUAGAGGUGGCUUCACUAAUACUCGUGGUGGUGGAAGAUUUGGCAGAGCUAAUGGUAGAGGAAACAAUAAAACCACAAAAUUCUGCACUAACUGCAGAAAAACCAACCACAACAUAGAUACAUGUUUUCAAAUAUAUGGAUUCCCUCCUGGCUACAAAAACAACAACAAUCUGCCUUCUAAUUCCACAAAAUCUUCUGCCAACAAUGCUGAAACUGAAUCCACAAGCGUUCAAGAUACUUCUGUACUGGAGGAAACUAAAUCUCAGAACAAAUUCUAUUUCUCUCGGGAUGAAUAUCAGGCUCUUUUAGCUCUUCUUCAACAACCCCCAACCAAUAAUUCUUCUGUCAACAGUGCUUAUCAAAGCACUGAUAAUCAUCCAGCUUUACAGGCACCAUUCAUCUUAAUAACUUGGUUCUCCAUAACGUUUUAUAUGUACCUGACUUCACAGUACAUUUGA